CGUUUUUCUUCAUCAGGUCAUCAUCACAGAUGGAAGGGCUUCGUAUUGUUCUGGUCAUUCUGCUAGUAGUAUCAUGCACUCAUGACUGGACCUCUGGAUCAGAGUUGGAGAUGACAGUCAGACCAGGAGACAACAUCACUCUCUACUGUGACUGCAAGUUAUCAUCCGGAGUAUACAUCGUGUGGUACAGGAACUGCUCUCAUGAGAACCAGCCUUCUCUUGUCCUUAAUGUAAAAGCAUGGAGAAGAUACUUUAUGGAUAUCAACUAUUCUCAGAAUCCUCUACCUCAUUUCCACUUUGUGAGAAACUCUUCCUCUGAGUCCUAUGACCUGCUGAUCAUUAACAUCACUGAGACCGAUGAAGGGCUCUACUACUGUGGAACUGAACAGUUUAAGGUGGAGAAAAACAAACACAUUUACACACAUGGCAACAUCUCAACAAGGAUCCAUGUCAUUCCAGAUUCCAGCUCAUGCCCUGACCCCGGUGGACACAUUUUGAACCCUGUUGUGACCUGGAUGAUGGUGCUCACUCCAGCCUUUACUAUUCUCACCUCCUUGAUUUCCUUUAUUCUGGUGUAUCUCUUCUGUCAGAAAACAGAUAAGGAUCCUCAAAUUCUCCAGAAAAGACUUAACACCAGGAUUCAAACAAGAUGGGAUCAGGAUGAAGAUUUGUGUUUCACACGAGUUGUGUUCCGAGCGAAGGAUGGAAGAAAACAACAAUAGACGGAAAAUGGACAACAAUAUCACAUUCACACUGUUUAGGCAGAAACAAACUAAAGUGCAAGGAGUUCAGAUUCAGAAGGUUUACAUUCAUGUGCUCAGUUUAAGUAUUCAAUCCCUCCUGCUUUUCUUUCAGUUGUUGUGCCCAUCUGUAAUCAGACUUUUCUCACGGUAACCUUGUCAUUAUGUUAUGUAUACUAUUAGAUCAUGAAGUGUUGACAUGUUUUAUGAAGAUUGGGUUUAUUGCCUCCUUACUUUCAUUAAAAUGAAAUGUUCUUACUGAAUAAGCCGUGUGCAAAUAAAAU